AGUCAUGCGCUAGCAGCAUAGGGCUCGUCGGCAGGAGCUCUGCUCCCUACCGCUUGUUCUUAGGACAAUGUCAGGAAUUCCAGCUCCUCUAUUGCAGGUUCUGCUAUAUUGUAGAUCUCAGAAGGUUCUAAAGGCAGGCGACCACAAAAUGCAUGAUAAAAAGGUCAUUAAACCACGGAUGAGCUGAAAAUAACACCCAGCUGCAAGACAAGAUGCUGCCCAGGGACCUUCAGCUGCCCAGAAGAGAGACUAAAUUACUGGUGCUUUUAAUGUUCAUCUUUCUUCUUUGUCACUCAGGGCCAAUGAUCCAAACCACAUCCACUGCACUGAAUUCAAAGAUGAUCUCAGCGUUACAGGGUGAAACGGUGAAAGCAGUCUGUGCGCAGAACAUCAACGAAACGGAAGGGCUCACUAUAACUCUGAGAAGAAACGGCAACUCUGAGCUCUGUUACAUACAGUUUGGAAAUUACACAAUUUGGAGCAGAAAUUGCACAGACCUUAUGAAUCUAGAAUACAAUAAACUGACAAAAGGGGUUUAUGUUGUUAUGGAGAGAGUCUGUGUCAAACAGUCUGGUGUUUACAGCUGCACCUUGGACAAGACACUUCCCCCUCCUGUGAGAAUGUUAAGCCAGUCUAACUUUUCCCUCACAGUGUCAGCUCUUCCAGUGGUUGAGGUUUCUUUGGCCUCUUCUUCAUCCAUUGACAGGGAGACCACGUUAACUUGCAGUGCGUGGGACUUCUAUCCUGGAGACAUUCAGCUCUCCUGGAGUAAGGACAGCCAGUUGCUCACUAACUCAACAAGGAAUGACUCUCUGUUCCACAAUAGCAACGGGUCUUAUUCCUAUAUAAGUAACCUUGUUGUUUCCAAACAUGACUGGAAUGAAUUCGCCCAGUUUUCCUGCCAAGUGAAUCACUCUACACUGAAAAUGCCUGUUGUGAAAAACCUCACCCUGACCCAGUCUGGUAAAGUUGCAGAUUCCAACCUGCACUGGAUCCCUGUCAUACUGCUUGGUGUCUUGGCAAUAUUGGUAGCAAUAAUUGUGGCAAAGUCUAUGAAAUUAAGAUUCAAGUCCACAUCACAGAGCUCCACAGAAAGGGGAUUGCCAGAGACAGCUGAGACACAUCCUCCACAAGAAAGCCAGAGUGAUACAAUCUAUUCAUUGCUUACUCAUUAUCCAGAAUCUACUUUAUGAGCUGCUGUCAAGUGUAGUACGUGGGCCCUGAAAUAUAGAAGAAGAAAAUGUUGCAUUCUAUUGCAGUCUUCAGUGCUGGAUGUGCCUAUCGGAUGAUUACCGACAGGAGUGUCUAGAGAAACAAAUAAUGACUUGCUCCUGGUAAUACAGUACGGAAACCUAGAGCUGUUAAACAAGUGGACUAAAAACAGGGGCAGAGCAGUUUGCUGGACGCUCGUUGGAGUUCUCAGCGAUAAGACAGUACUAUGAAACAAGAAGACAGGUGUGUAAUCUGACACAUAAAGGGAAUUGAAACACCCAGGGGAUUUUUUAAAAGGUGCCCAAUCUGAGGGCCAGGUUACUGUGUGCCUUGGGGAGACGAUGCACUUAUCUGGAGGUGGAGCAUUAUGGGAAUGCCAUGAGGUUAGGUGAUUGUAUGCAUCCAGCAGGACUUGAUACUCUUCCUUUUGAGUCAGUAUUGAACCAAUAUUCCAUCAGAACAGUAGGGGGAUGUUUUUGUUCAAGGUUCUGCUUUUCAGAUGUCAUGUUAAACUUAGGUACCAAUUACUUAUGAUCAUUAAAUGCCAAAUACAUCAUAUGUAAGAUCAUGAGUGUUCUGGCUAUAUUCCUGUGUAACAGCAGCCUGUCGAAAAUUCCCCAUCUAGUUUAAUUCAGAUACAGCAUGAUGUGUGCUGUCACACAUCUGCCAUAUUCCACCACAGAGGUGGCUGCAUUUCAAUAGCUAGCAAAGUGAUCCUGCAUGCAGUACAGUAUAUAGUUUGCAAACCACUUUGUGAUGUGCUUGGGAAGCUUUUUGGAUGAAAGAAGAGCUAAAUAAAUGCAAAGUUUUAUCACUGAGUGAAAUAACCCUACACUUAUUGUCUUCACAAACGUUACACAAAUCCUUACUCUCACCAUAUUUGAGUGUAUUACUCUUUGCUUCCUCAGCCACACUUUAUGAAAGACACUGAUGAUCUAAGUUGUUGACUUUCAUAGAAAAAACUAUCACCAUGCAGCAAUAAGAAUGGCUAUAUUUUUUUACUAUAUUCUUACUAAUCCUCAAUUCCGUGUGUUCAUACCCAGGACACUGGUAUAUUAAUGCAUUGAAAUGACAAUGUCUGAAAUUUCUAGACUUGAGAUCAAAAUGGAGGUGUUAUUGGGAAGAAAAUGGUGUUGCGGGUCACGGCUUUCUGUUAAGUGUAUGCUCACUAGUCCAUAAUUUGUUCUCAUGUGUUGAUUGUAUAAUUGUUUACAAAUCAUUAAAGAUAUUUAACAAUGAAAGGUAGCUAGAAGGAUGGAUAGAGAGUCUAGAUAUCCAUUUGUGUCAGACCCAAUUAUUUCAAUUUUGUUUUUAUUCGGUUUUCCAAUGACCACUACAUCUGAAGUAUUAAUUCAGAUAUGAGAAAGAAAAAAAAUGGAAAGAGGGUGAAAAGAGCUAAUCAGAAGUGAGGGGGUUUUGUAGGCAAAUUGCUAGCUGCUCAUAAGGUUCUGAAUUAACAAUAUAGCUGGGUCACAAUUUGAAAGCUUUCUUUUAAACCAUAAUGGAUGGGAUUUUAACAGCUGACUUGACAUCCACUCCUGUUACUUUUAAUGGGAUUUAGGUAUCCAUGUCCUUUAGGCAGCUUCAAAAAUCUCAGCUUUAAUAUUGUUUUCAAAUGAAAGCAUAGCGCUCAGCCCUGCAAAUACUUGCCAUCAAGCAUUGGUGCCAGUUGAUUUACCACCAGGAUAACUAAGAUCAGAAUCAGGUCCCAGAGAAAUAACACAAGUUUCUCUUUCUUUACAAUCAAGAGGCACAGAAUACAUUCAGUUGGCCAGAUAUUCAGUAAAGAAACAUUUCUAACUUACUUAGAGAUCAAAACUAAUUCUAACUGGCCCACUAUCCUACGGUACCAGUGCUUUCAGGUUCUGCAUUGUUUCUCAACUUUGUAGAAACAGAAAGCUAACUUCAAAGGAAGUAAUAGGGAUUGGUCAAUUAGGAAACAAACAAACAAAAACCCUAAUCUGUAUCAGUCUUUGCAGACAACUUCCCUAACAAAAGGAUGUCCAUAUGAGGCACUGGGGAAAUGACCAGGGUAGACAAAUACCCCCAGAGGAAUAGGGUUUGAUCUGGAAAACAGAACCAGUAACCUCAGUCUAUAGCAUAAAAAAAGAAAAUUUCUUUAAGAUUCUGUUUCAAUGGUAGCUCACAUCAGUCAGGUUAAAAAAAAAAAUAUUGAAUAGGGGGAAAUAGUGGAGAAAUAGGAGAUUUUAUGCAUGUGCGGUGGACGGUCAAGUCAGUAGAGAAUACUGGGAUGCAGUUCAUAACCAAUAUAACUUGCUGGAUAUUUAUUACCAAAUGACCCUUUGAUAAUCUUCCUGGGGCUUCUUGGCAGAAAUGUCACACAAAAGGAAACGAAGAAUUAAUCUCUCAGAUGUUAGUAGUUGCUCAGCUAAUGACAGCUUUUCAUAGAAAAAAGAAAAAAUAGUCCAGCCAUAGAGGAAUGGUUCUAAAAUAUAUUGGAGGUGGUUGUUAUGGAAAAGUUAAUGCAUCAAAUAUGUACUCAGCAAAAUACACAGAUGACAAAUAGAUACUUAGAUAUUUGGUUACCAUUUAUUUAAUAUU